UAUUCAUGGACUCUAACAUGGUCAUGCUGCUUUUUAAAACAUGCUGCAUUUAAAACAGAAAUGUGGAGAAUGUAUUUGUAGAAGGUAGGGACGAAUUUAGAGAUAAAAGGCUGUCUGCUAGUCUGUGUGAGACACGGUGAAGCUCCAGCUUUGGGAUGGAGUAGAGAGGAGAGGAUCGAAUCCAGAGGUGUUUUGGAACUAGAAGUGAGCAGAACAUAGUAAACCAGUGAAUGCUGUGAGUUACUGGAGGUGAACUGUUUGAAGACAUAGUGGCAAGAGAAUAUUACAGUGAAGCUGAUGCCAGUCAUUGCAUUCAGCAGAUCCUGGAGGCUGUGCUACACUGCCAUCAGAUGGGCGUAGUCCAUCGGGACCUGAAGCCUGAGAAUUUGCUUUUAGCUAGCAAAUCCAAGGGAGCCGCUGUGAAGCUCGCCGACUUUGGCCUAGCCAUAGAGGUCCAAGGAGAUCAGCAGGCGUGGUUCGGUUUUGCUGGUACACCUGGAUAUCUUUCUCCAGAAGUUUUACGUAAAGAUCCUUAUGGAAAGCCAGUGGAUAUGUGGGCAUGCGGAGUCAUCCUCUACAUUCUACUGGUUGGAUAUCCACCCUUCUGGGAUGAAGACCAACACAGACUCUAUCAGCAGAUCAAGGCUGGUGCUUAUGAUUUUCCAUCACCAGAGUGGGACACCGUGACUCCUGAAGCCAAAGACCUCAUCAAUAAAAUGCUUACUAUCAACCCUGCCAAGCGUAUCACAGCCUCAGAGGCACUGAAACAUCCAUGGAUCUGUCAACGUUCUACUGUUGCUUCCAUGAUGCACAGACAGGAGACUGUAGACUGCUUGAAGAAAUUCAAUGCGAGAAGAAAACUAAAGGGUGCCAUCUUGACCACUAUGCUGGCUACGAGGAAUUUUUCAGCAGCCAAGAGUUUGUUGAAGAAACCAGAUGGAGUAAAGAAAAGGAAGUCCAGUUCGAGUGUUCAGAUGAUGAUAAACAACAAAGCCAACGUGGUAACCAGCCCCAAAGAAAAUAUUCCUACCCCGGCGCUGGAGCCCCAAACUACUGUAAUCCACAACCCUGAUGGAAACAAGGAAUCAACUGAGAGUUCAAAUACAACAAUUGAGGAUGAAGACGUGAAAGCACGAAAGCAAGAGAUUAUCAAAGUCACUGAACAACUGAUCGAAGCUAUCAACAAUGGGGACUUUGAAGCUUACACAAAAAUCUGUGACCCAGGCCUUACUGCUUUUGAACCCGAAGCUUUGGGUAAUUUAGUGGAAGGGAUGGACUUUCAUCGAUUCUACUUUGAAAAUGCUUUGUCCAAAAGCAAUAAACCCAUCCACACCAUCAUCCUGAACCCUCAUGUACACCUGGUGGGCGAUGACGCUGCCUGCAUCGCAUACAUUAGGCUCACCCAGUACAUGGAUGGCAGUGGGAUGCCGAAAACGAUGCAGUCGGAAGAGACACGCGUGUGGCACCGCCGGGACGGGAAGUGGCAGAACGUUCAUUUUCAUCGCUCGGGGUCACCAACAGUGCCCAUCAACUAAACAUCAACAGUGCCACUUCUGCAGUUCUCUGUUCUCAAGGCACCUGGAUGGUAACACUGAGCCGUCCUCUCCUCCUCUUCAUGCAUGUUUCCGAGUGCAUGAAGUUGCGAAGGUCCUCUGUGUAAUGCCUGUGUGAUGCAUCAUCUUGUCAUAGAUUCCUUCUAUACAUUGUUUACACUUCAGCUAUGGGGAUGUUCCGUGCAAACUUCAGUCAUUGUUGGCAAACAAUAGGGGGAGGUCAGCAAAAAAAAAAAUUCCACAAUAUUCCCGAGUACAAUCUAGUCAUCCGAUUUCUCUAUUUAUGCCAAGACUAAACAGACUUCAGAAUUACCAUUCUCUGAAUGACAGUUUGUAAGAGAAAAGUAAAUUUUUGAAAACUCUUUGCUGUUCAUCUGUUUUAGCUUGUUUAACAAAAAAAGGCAAAAAACAAAAAAUUACCUUCAGUUUCCUAGUGUGAUCCUGACUGCAAUGGAUGAUUUUUCACUGAAAGCUGUGUUGCUGUUAGACAAAGUGGGUUGGAUCAUUCAUGAAUGCGGAAGUGAGAAUUAGUGGGUUUGCUACUAUCUGAAGUCCUGUCUUUUUUGGUCAAACUACAUAAACUGGAAAAACUCACAUCACUGACAAGUUUGAUCAACUUUAGGGUAUACGCGCACUGUUCUGGUGAAAUUUGCCGAAUUGAAUUUUUUUGUUCCUUUCUCAAACCUGUGCUUUUUAAAUUUUUUCUUCAUUUUAUCCUAUUUCUUUAUCACUUUGUUUGCUUCCUUUUGUAUCUUUUUUUUCAUGCUUUACUUUCUUCCCCCCCUGUUUAGUAGUGUGAGAAAAGUGAAAAAUGCAUAAUGAAGGUAAAAUAAAAACUGAGGCCUCUUGGAGGUGGCUGGACUCACACUUUGAGCAUCUUCAGGGCCCACAGAGAUGAAGUCAAGAAGAGCUCAAAGGUUUGUAAUUCUGCUCUAAUUUGGACACAGGGAUCCUAACUAAGCUGGAGGUAUUAGAACCGUUUAAACUUAUAGGAAAGCAAGUAGGUUCCUCAUGUACCUGCAGCGUGUCCUACUGAGUGGAGCGGUUGCCAGGCAGCACCCAGCUGGUCGUGGAUCUGGAUUUUGUGCAGAGGCACAUUCUUCUGCCUCGCCCCUCCUGCGUGAUCACUGGCUAGGCUUCGGAAGUUCAGAGGAUGGAGAACACUGCAGGCCUGUCUGAGUGUUUUGAACUCUAUCUCUAUGACUCAUGGUUUUGUAGCUACUCUCAAGUUGGAGUAAAAUUACUUCCCUUCUAGGAGUUAGGAUUUUCCUGCUUAAAACAAAGAAAAGGGAAACGUCCCUGUUUUCUUUGUGCUUCUCAUUUUCCCUUGUUUAUUCAAUUCCUGUGGGGCUUUUUCUCCUCCCAAAAUGCUUUAUAGUGCACGGUCUCUUCACCAACCUUAUUUUAACAGCAGUAAUUCACAAUCCUCAGAAGCCUAUUUUUAAAGCAGAGCAAAAAAAAAAAAAAUCAACGCUCCUUCUUUUCUCUCAUUUCACAUUUCUGUGUUGAUUACUAAUCACCUUAGAUAUUGUUACUAGUGGACGUAUGGUAGAUGGAUUGAAGCUUUUCUGAUAAUUAUUACACGAUUUAAAACAAUAUAUAUUUAAAUAUAUACAGUAAAUGUAUUGAGCCAUGUUAACCUGCCAAUGAGAUCUGUGAAAAAGUAAUGGCCUCAUUUUUCCCUUUUUAAUUUCUUUUACCUUUUUGUGAAAUGGCUAUACGUGGCAUACAUGUAUUUUAGAAAAAUAUUAGGUAUAGAGGUUUUUCUUUUUUUUUUACACUUUUAGCAUGUGGUGUUGAAGUAUUACUGUAGAUCAAUUUUGUCUUCCACACUAUGAUGUGAGGAAAUUGUGAUUUGUUCUCUCCACCACAAUGGAAUUACACAUUUAUUAUCUUCUCUCAUUUUGAAACACUGCAGUUUACCAUGGGACACUGUAUAUAUUUCUUGCCAUAAUGGUAAAUGACUGAUUGAUAUAUUUAAGAGUUAAUAAAUUUGUGAUUUCUGCUGA